CCAAUCGGCAUCGAAUCUACGUCAUCACGUCAGCGUAUAAGCAGAAGGAGCGGGAGCGUUCGGCAAACUACUGAACACUGAAGAAAACAAACCGAACAUCAUGGCUAUGAGGAGUGAAUUGCGUUUGGAGGAGGAGGUAGAGGUGGAGGAGAACUUCGGCCCUCAGCCCAUCAGUCGACUGGAGCAAAGCGGUGUGAGCAGCAGUGACCUGAAGAAGCUGGAGGAGGCGGGCUUCCACACCAUCGAGGCCGUGGCCUACACCCCCAAGAAAGAGCUGCUCCACAUCAAGGGCAUCAGCGAGGCCAAGGCCGACAAGAUCCUGGCGGAGGCAGCCAAGCUGGUGCCCAUGGGCUUCACCACGGCAACGGAGUUCCACCAGCGGCGGGCGGAGAUCAUCCAGAUCUCCACCGGCUCCAAGGAGCUGGACAAGCUGUUAAUGGGGGGAAUGGAGACAGGUUCCAUCACGGAGAUGUUUGGAGAGUUCCGGACGGGGAAGACACAGCUGUGCCACACUCUGGCUGUCACCUGCCAGCUGCCCAUCGACCAGGGCGGGGGAGAGGGCAAGGCCAUGUACAUCGACACCGAGGGAACCUUCCGGCCGGAGCGCCUGCUGGCCGUGGCCGAGAGGUACGGGCUGGUGGGCAGCGACGUCCUGGACAACGUGGCGUACGCCCGGGCCUUCAACACCGACCACCAGACCCAGCUGCUGUACCAGGCCUCCGCCAUGAUGGCAGAGUCACGCUAUGCCCUGCUCAUCGUGGACAGCGCCACCGCUCUGUACCGGACGGACUACUCCGGUCGGGGGGAGCUGUCGGCCCGACAGGGCCACCUGGGACGCUUCCUACGCAUGCUGCUGCGGCUGGCCGACGAGUUUGGCGUUGCCGUGGUGAUCACCAACCAGGUGGUGGCCCAGGUGGACGGGGCGGCCAUGUUCUCGGCCGACCCCAAGAAGCCGAUUGGAGGAAACAUCAUGGCCCACGCCUCCACCACGCGGCUGUACCUGAGGAAGGGGCGGGGAGAGACCCGGAUCUGUAAGAUCUACGACUCCCCCUGCCUCCCGGAGUCGGAGGCCAUGUUCGCCAUCAACGCCGACGGCGUGGGCGACGCCAAGGACUGAGCCGUCGCCACGACGACGACCUGACCACACGACCAGGUGACCGGGCGGGGUCCCGGGCCGGAGACGCCAUCAAUUAUGUUUUUCAGUUUGUGAAACGUUUCCAUUUUAUUCCGGCGUGAUUCCAUGCAAGGUCACGAUGCCGGUAGCUAAGGAGGGUUGGGUUGCCUGGCGACCAGGCCCGUUGCCUAGGAACCCCUUAGCGCCCCCUACAGGCCUCAGGACGGACUCCGAGGAGAUGGAGAGAUAUCGUUUGGUCAUAAUUUAACCUACUUGUUUCGCGGUGACGUGUUUGUGUCGUUAUGUUUGUUUUGCGUGAGAAAGGAGAGCCUAAGAUCUGCCCGUCUUGUAUAUGUUUUAAAACACGUCCCGAGAAACGUCUGUACCCAUCUGUACAUAAAGUGUAAUAAUAAAUGUUUUAACGUCUACCAGACCACGUCCCUUCUGCAUC